AAAAAAUGACAUUUCUGUUGACUGUUGCCUACCUCUGCCACAUAAAUAAUUAGUGACCCGUCGACAUUGAAUCGAUGGGAAAUUGGUCACUCUUACACCUGCACGGUAUUCUAAAACACGUCGGGAAAAAUGAAUUAUCGUGUUUUAUAUAAAGAAACAGGAAUAGUUCUAUUCUCCUCCACAUAGAGUUAGGACGUAUACUCUGUUUCGACUAAGUGACCAGACCUGGGCCUUUUAAUUAAAAAAAAGCCUACGUCCUUCUGCUCUCGACACAGUUACAGGCUUCUCCUCGAUGAACCGGAGGGGAUAAAUUAGUAUUGUUUGAACAACAAAUUAGUUUUCAAUAUUCGACCAUCAGUGAUUGUACCAAAGAAUGAACGAGUGUAUACGCUAUCAAUUGUUUCGAAAACAGUGAUAGGAUAAAAUUUUGGAAAUUCUAUUGGUAUCUGGAAACUGAAACCUUACAGUACAUACGAGAGUGGAACAAGACAACGGUAAAAAACUAAGAACGAUUUAAAAAUCGAAUCCCACGGAAUCAGUAAUACCCCGCAAAACCCCAGCACAAAAACCAUUAAAGAUGAAGAACCAGCAAGUGUCAGUGGACUACUGGGCCAUGGGGAAGGCUAUGGUAACGUAUGGCGUGCUGACUGCACUGGUAUGGCUCAUGCUGAGGUUGGUUGGAGCCGUGUUCACUCUUCCGAGGAAGCUGAGGGCUCAACAGGAAAACAUGGAAGCCACUCUGAGGGAUUUACAGAGACGUUAUCCAGACCUGAAUAUCACUGAAGAAGACCUAAAAAACGCUGAAAAGGAACUCGAGGAAUUAACCAGAGAGGAUAAGGACGAUUUCGAAAUAAAAGACAAACCAGAGAAAGAGGAGACCUCUGAGAAGGAUAACUCAGAGAAACAGGGCGCCACUGAGAAAUCUGAGACAGCACAGACUGAGGAAAGCAAGAAAACUAUUUAAUUAGUACUUAAUUAAAUAAUUCAUAUCACUUUAUUAAUUUAUAGUUAUUUACUUAUUUUAUUAGAAUGUGUAAGUCAGACGCAACAAAUAUGCAAUAAAUAUAAACAUAGAUUCUUACGAACACUUUCUUUACCUACCAUUAUUUCCACGUAUUGCAUAGUACUUAUAGUGGUCUGUUUUUGCCACAUUGGCAUCAAUUAUUACAAAACAACACUAUAUUGCACAAAAAUAUACGUAGAUGCCUACAACACACACCUACAUUACAUUUAACAUUAGCCCACGAAUAUAUCCCAAUUGAGCUUUCUGUUACCUACUACUUAAUACUACAAUUAAUGGUACAAAAGGCGACAUAACUGAUUUGAUCUGCCACUACUUUUGGUUGCUUUUUCAGCAUGCUAUAAUUAUACAGGGUGUCAGUGACAAAGUACCGAACACUGAGAGGGAUGAUUCAGAAUUUCAAACCAUUAUUCUGAGUUAAUGUCAAGUGGAAUUUUCCGUUUCUUUUUUUGUGUUUUUUAAACUAUUUUCAAUUCCAUACUUUUGCGAUGAACAUUUCUACUUGAUAUUAACUCAAAAUAAUGAGCUGAAAAUUCGUGAUUUUUUUUUAAAUUAUAUUCAGUUCCAUAUACUGGGUGUUAGUGACAUCGUAACGAAUACUGAGGGGGUUGAUUCAGACCAUGAUUCUGAGUUAAAAUCAAGUGGAAUUUUCCGUCGCAAAAUUCAUGUUUCUUUUUAGUUUUU